AUGCGCUCCUUCUCCACUUGGACAUUAAGCGCUCUGGCGCUUUCAGCGGUCACCUCACACGUCGCGGCUGCACCCACCAUCGCGAGAGGCGUGGUGAAGCGUUCGACGGCAAGCAUCAUGAGCACCGAGCGGAUCUCACUCGUGCGCGCGAACAUGCUGAACAUCUCCGACAAGAGCUGGGAAAUUGGGGCCGCCGUGGAAGCACUGACGGAAUUGGAGUGGCCUUCGCUGGGCGUCUUCGGUGGACGCGUCCCGCCGCCCUCGAAACUGAAUAAAACCAACAAUGCGGAGGACGUGAUCGCAAUCGCAGAACAAGUGGUGAACACCAAAACCCCCGGCUCGCUACCCUUGAUCGACGGUGAUGGUGCCGUCGGUGACCCUGCCAGCAUCGGUAAUGCGGUCCUACUCGCCAACUGGACGCGCACAAACACGUCCGACACGCGCUUUGCGUACGCCGCAAAGGACCAGCUAGACUUCCUUCUGAACGUCGCACCUCGCUCGGCUGCGGGAGCGAUCUCGCAGCGAGAGAGCGAAGUCCAACUCUGGGCAGACUUUGUGUACAUGGCGCCGCCGUUCAUCGCAUACUACGGCGCGUUGCAGGGCGGAGCCGAGGGCACUAAGUUGUUGCAGCUCGCAUACGAUCAGUGCCGUCUCUAUCGCGACGUACUGUUCGACGCCGACAAGAGCCUGUGGCGGCACAUCGAGCUCGGUUCGUCGUCCGACGACCAUCUCUGGGGCACAGGUAACGCGUGGGCAGCGGCAGGAAUGCUGAGGGUGCUGGAGACAAUCCGCAAGUCCGACUUGGAGGAUCAGUUCUACGACCAGCAACUGAAUUUGACGAUCUGGAUCGGCGAGAUCCUGACCGGGGCAUGGAAAUACCAGAAAGAGAACGGGACGCUGUACAACUACAUCGACGAAGAAGAUUCAUUUGCAGACACGGCUUCGACGGCGCUCCUUGCGGCCUCGACGUACCGCCUCGCGAUGGUCUCGGGCGUCUCAGCGUACAUCAGCGCGGCGGACCGCGCGUUCGAGCUGAUCGACAAGAGCGUCGACGAGGAUGGGUGGCUCCAGAACACGGUCGACCCGCUCUUGUUUAGCACGCCGAGCGUGAACGGCGCGCACAGUCCCGAGGGCCAGUCGUUCGUGCUGCUACUGCAAGCGGCGUAUCGGGAUUACUACGCGUCAUUGAAUACGUGAGAGGGCAGGAGGUGAGGAGUGUUGUAGGCGCUAAUCUGUUGUUAUCGUCAUCGCCGUCGCCGUCGUCGCCGCCGCUCUUUUUGUUCUCUGUCUGUACGGGGAAGGCCAAAAGUCUGAGCGUCCAUCGCUGUAUUACCUUCUUUAUUGAAUUAAUCGGUAUCUAUUUUUCGUAUUAU